AUGGAGUCCUGGAAUAGUUCCAUUCACUUCUGUCAAUUGCCUCGUGUUAAAUGCGGUCGCAAGCAUCAGAGAGUCACCAAGUUGGAAUUGAAAUUCCUCAAACUCUCCGGCUCUUUAUCACCCUACAUUGGGAACUUGAGCUUUAUGAGGGAGUUGUGUGUUUUCCAUUCACUUCUGCCAAUAACUAUUCACUUCUGUCAAUGGAUCGGUGUUACAUGCGGUCGCAAGCAUCCAAGAGUCACCAAGCUGAAACUUCGAAUCCUCAAACUCUCUGGAUCAUUGUCACCCUACAUUGGAAAUUUGAGCUUCCUCAGGGAGUUGGAUCUUGUGGGCAACAGCUUCUACAACCAAAUUCCUCAAGAAAUCGGUGUCUUAAGAAGACUGGAAGCAUUACACCUGGCCAAUAACUCCAUCAGUGGUGAAAUUCCUUCCAAUUUAUCUGCUUGUUCUAAGCUUACUUUAGUCGAUAUGAGAGGCAAUCAGCUAAUAGGAGAAAUACCUGCUUCGUUGGGUCUCUUGUCAAACCUGAAAGUAUUGGGUUUUGUCCAGAAAAGUUUGAGAGGGAGCAUCCCACCAUCGUUGGGGAACUUGUCAUCCUUGGAGGAAAUUCGUUUAACGUAUAAUGCAUUAAGUGGGAUUAUACCUGAAUAUUUUGGACGACUGAGAAAUCUUUCAGUUUUCGCCAUAUUCGGAAAUGCAAUUUCUGGUAUUGUUCCUGUAGCAUUGUUCAAUCUCUCCAAUAUUAGAGGCUUUGAUAUUGGUACAAACAAGAUUCAAGGUACUCUCCAUUCUGAUUUAGAAAUCAAUAUGCCUCAUGUUGAGAUCUUUUCUGUAGGGGAAAACCAAAUGUCUGGACAAAUUCCAAUUUCAAUAUCCAAUGCCUCGAAUUUGAAUUUUCUUGAUUUUUAUAAUAACAUGCUCGAUGGAAAUGUACCUUCAUUAGAAAAGUUGGAUAAAUUGUUUGACCUUAACUAG